AAUCGAUGGCCACGUUUGUUCCCUUUGUUACUUGUCUUGAUACAGGUUUUUGGAACGAAGUGAACAAGAAAAAGCUCAAUGAUUGGAAACUCGAUGAGACGCCAAAGUGUAUCUCAAGUCAAUUAUCGCUUCAUCAAACCGAAGGUUUUAAAUGUCAUCUAUCCUUAAGUUACGACAGUUUGAGCAGUUUGGAGAGCACAACUGGAUUGUCAAUGUCCGGUACCCUUCUUCUGUACAAUACAAUUGAAAGUUUCAAGAUGGUUGACAAAAGUGAUUUGAUAAGAAGUGAAGCAGAAAAGAUCUGGGAAUCUAUCACAACUCGAAAAUGGCUCCAAAAUCCUCGUCUUCUGUCGCAAUUCUUCAUCAUCGCUUUUGCUGAUUUGAAAAAAUUCAAAUAUUAUUAUUGGACAUGUGUUCCUGCUUUGGUAUAUCCUAGUGAAAUAAAACAAGAGAUCACACCACUAUCAUCUCUCGGAGCCGAUCACAAGAUCCUGUUCGACUUUUAUAGGAAAAACAAUUUUCCGAUCUUCCUAUACUCCAAACAAUCUUCAAAAAUGCUCGAACUGUCAGAAUUGGAAAACAACACAAAUCCUGACGAAAUAUGUGUUGUUGUCGCUGAUCCUUCUCCUGUUGCGUAUUCUGCAGGAUGGAUGGUUCGCAACGUUCUUGCCGCAGUGGCACAUCUUCAUCCUACGUGGAAGCAUUGUCAUAUCAUCAGUCUUCGUUCAGCUGACAGUAUCGGAAUAAAAUACACAUGGACCUUGCCGAGUGCUGAAUGCUCAGCAGAUGGAGCUCAGAAUGCUGUUCCAAAAGCUGUGGGAUGGGAAAGAAAUGCAAAUGAUAAGUUGCAGCCGAUUUCAGUAGACUUAAGUAAAGAGUUCGAUCCAAAAAUAUUAAUGGAAAGAUCUGUGGAUCUUAAUUUAUCAUUAAUCAAAUGGAGAUUGCACCCAGAUAUUCAAUUGGAAAGAUACUCACAGCUGAAGGUUCUCAUUCUUGGUGCUGGAACGCUUGGAUGUAACAUUGCCCGUUGUCUUAUCGGAUGGGGAGUUCGUCACAUUUCGUUUCUUGAUAAUUCAACUGUCAGCUACAAUAACCCCGUUCGCCAGAGUCUCUCAGAAUUUGAAGAUGCACGCCUGGGUCGUGGAAAAGCCGAAACAGCACAAGCUGCUAUCCAACGCAUUUUCCCAUCGAUUCAAGCAACUGCUCAUCGUCUCACUGUUCCAAUGCCUGGACAUUCUAUCGAUGAAAAAGAUGUACCAGAGCUGGAAAAAGAUAUUGCAAAAUUGGAGCAACUUGUGAAAGAUCAUGAUGUUGUUUUCCUAGCAUUAGAUUCAAGGGAAGCUCGCUGGCUUCCAACAGUUUUGGCUAGUAGACAUAAGAAGAUUGCAAUUAGUGUCGCGAUUGGAUUCGAUACCUACGUCAUCAUUCGGCAUGGAAUUGGUUCUAGAAGCGAAAGUGUUUCAGAUGUUUCAUCAUCAGAUUCCGUACCAUACUCUCAGCUUUCUUGCUAUUUCUGCAGUGAUGUAACUGCUCCAGGAAAUUCUACUUUCGAUAGAACAUUGGACCAACAGUGCACUGUUGCACGACCAGGAACAUCUAUGAUUGCAUCUGGAAUUGCCGUUGAACUCUUAUCGUCUGUUUUACAAUACCCUGAUCCACUCAAGACACCAGCCAGCCACGACGAUAAUACAACAGUCCUUGGAGCUGCUCCACAUCAAAUUCGCGGUUUUCUGGGAAGAUUCCAGCAGAUUCUUCCUUCUGUAAAACGAUUCGAUCAAUGUGUUGCUUGUGGAGACGCUAUCGCUGCACAGUUUCAGCAAAAUGGCUGGAAGUUUGUUCGCGACGUUAUGAACUCGCCAGGUCGUCUCGAAGAAGUCACCGGGCUCGACGAGCUUCAGAACUCUGUUAAUGCUAUUGAUAUCGAUUUUGAGGAUGAUGAAGAUUUCUGAAUUGGUCGCCUCAAAUUUUUACCUUUUCUGUAUAAUUGACUGUGCAUUGACUGUACUCUGACACAAUUUUUCAUUCUCGUGAUUCUAUUUUGCCUCCAAAUUUUAAUAAUACUUGUAUCAAUAAAUUUUGGGUAAA